GGCGGCAUAUGUUGCAUCGGCGGCCCAGCCCUAAUCUAUUACGUGACCCCCACCGAAGAGGAACUUUUCCUAAGAUACAACCCGGAGUUACAAAAACGAAGUCUCGAGAACCGACAUGAAAAGCAGGAGGAUUUCGAUAACUUCGUCAAGAAGUUAAAAGUCUAUGCGAAAUCCGAUAAACCAAUUUGGGAAGCAGCAGCAAUACAAGAGAAACUAGACCGAGAAUCCAAAAUUACCUCUGAACUGGCCCUCAUCAACGAAGCGAAAGCACGGAAAGAAGAAAUCCGUCUAUCUAAUUCCAACCCUACAUCCCCAUCAUCAUCUUGGUCGAGUUGGAUGUGGGGAUCAAGUUCAAGCCCAAAAACAAGUCCUACUUCCAGCGAAUACCGAUUCGAUUUCGGGAAAUACAAGGGAAAGACAUUAGCAGAGGUUGAUACGCUUGAUCCGGACUAUGUUACGUGGUGUGUUGGUCAAGAGGUAACUGAGAAGAGGAAGGACCUGAAGAGCGCAAUUGAGUCGUUUUAUACGCAAAAGCGAACAGCGACGGCGGAGAAGGAACCCGAGAUCAAAUUGGCGGAUCAGAUGGCGGAGAGGAAAGAGGGUAUGUGGCGAGAUGGGCAUAAGCCGGUGCCGGGCGGAAGUUUAUGA